AUGAAUGAGGUGAAUCAUAUGGAAAAGAAUGUUCCAUCCGCUCCACUAAAUCUUCGCGUUGAGCUGGCCGAUGGCAAUACGGUUCGAUUAAAUUGGGAUCCACCACUCUCACCAAAUGGACAAAUCAAAGGAUACUACGUGUACAAGGAGAAACUAUUAAAUGGAGCACCCGUGCCAGACAAAUUGCACAAAGUGGCCGCCAUCCAAGAUGCACAGAAGACCGAAUUCGUUGUGGAACGACUUGAUCCAAACACGGAAUACGUUUUCCGCGUGAACGCUUUCAACAGACACGGAGACGGGGAAUUCUCUGAGAGUCAACCCAUUGUCACCGGAGGAAUCCCUCCUCCACCGCCACAAAUCGUCUCAGUGUCAGUUGAGCCAAAAGAUCCGGAUGGUUUUCCCGUGAAAGCGAAAAUUUCUUGGGCGCCUCAUGAUCAGAAGAGUCCACACGAGUCACCAAUUGAUCGAUACAUUCUCUGGUAUCGCCCCGAGGGUAAAGACUUCCGAAAGAUCGUCGUCAACGGCACACAAACGGAAGCCUGGUUGAAUGGGUUAUGGUUGGGUCGAACCUAUGAGAUUAUCAUUUGUGCGGAGAAUGAAGAGGGAUCAUCUUUUAAUAUCACUGAGAGAUUGGUGACACCUGUCGGAGUACCCGAUGCUGAACCCUCAGGUGUUCACUAUGAAGUCGUUGAUGGAAAGAUGAGAAUCUCAUGGGAGCCACCGGCAGAGGAGCGCCGAAAUGGAGAGAUCACUUCAUACAGGGCAAUUCUAACCCCAAUGCAUUCCGACGGGCAACCAAUCGAGAAAACGGUGGCUGGGAGUGACAAGGCGGCCGUGUUCUCCGUUGAGCCGAGAAAAAGCUACACAUUUAAGGUGGCAGCGGCUACAAUGAAAGGCUAUGGUCCAUAUUCUCCCGUUCUCACCAUCAAUCCCGAUCCAGCAGGUUGG